AUGAUUGAAUCAAUUGCUGCAACUUCACUCCUUGUCCACCGUCCAAUUUGCAGUGGAAAUCUGGUCAAGGAUGUAGUUUUUAAGCGCAAAUAUUUGAAUUCUUGUCGGUUGCCGGCAACCGAGUUUUUUGGUGGUGGAAGGAUUGUGUUUUCUCUAACUUUGCCUGUCAAAUCUGAUAAGGAUAGAUUUAUGUUUUCAUCGAUUAAGGCUUUGGCUGUAGAGUUAACAAGAGAAGCACAUGCUUAUAAAGAAGAAUUGCCCAACAGUGAUAAUAGAGAUAAUAACAGGAUUGGUAGUGGAUUUGGUCAAAGGUCUGAGUCGUGGCCUCCGGCUAAUAGAGCCGAUAACCCCUCUCUCCGGAAUCCCUUACUCCGGCAUGAGAGGAUGGGAUGUGGUUGGUUGGGUGUUAUAUUUGAAUGGGAGGGCGUUCUCGUUGAGGACAAUCCUGAUUUAGAAAAGCAAGCCUGGCUGGCACUCUCUCAGGAAGAAGGCAAACCCUCUCCUCCUGCUUUUAUGCUCAAGAGAAUAGGAGGCAUGAAGAAUGAACAGGCAAUUUCAGAAGUUCUUUGUUGGUCGAGGGAUCCGGCACAGAUAAGAAGAAUGGCUAAUAGAAAGGAAGAAAUCUAUCAAGCUUUACACGGUGGGAUAUAUAGGUUUUUGUCAGGUUCUAAGGAGUUUGUCAGUGUUUUGAUGCAUUAUAAGAUACCAAUGGCUUUGGUUUCCACACGUCCCAGGAAAGCUCUUGAGUCUGCAAUAGGGGAGAUUGGGAUUGAGGACAAUUUCAGUGUCAUUGUAGCAGCAGAGGAUGUUCACAGGGGAAAGCCUGAUCCUGAAAUGUUUAUUUAUGCUGCCCAACUUUUGAACUUCAUACCUGAGAGGUGCAUUGUGUUUGGAAACUCAAAUCUAACAGUGGAGGCUGCACAUGAAGGACGGAUGAAGUGUGUGGCUGUUGCUAGCAAGCAUCCUGUCUUUGAGCUUGGGGCUGCAGACUUGGUUGUCAGGCGCCUAGAUGAGCUUUCAGUGGUUGAUUUGAAGAAUCUUGCAGACAUUGAAAUGACUGAAUUUGGGUCUCCAGAGCCUGAGGUGGAGCUGGAGAUGGAAAAAGAUUAUGACCCAUCAUCAGUUGAUGAUAAUUUCUGGUAA